GCGCACAUCGUGGAUGAUUUAGUCGUGACAUAAUGAUAAAUUUGUGGACAUCGUGGAUAAUCUUAUCCACGAUAUACGUGCAAGUCUUAUUAUAGCUAACAAUCUGAAUCAUAUAUUAGUUGAUUAUCGUUUCAACACGCACAUGCAAAACACACAUAUGCAUUCUUAAUCAUCUACCACACGCGCAAUAUUAUUGCAUGCGUUCAAAAAUGAGGAGUUUGCUACAAUUUAUAGUACUUAUCUUCGCGAUCCGUAUGUGCAUUGGCGAUGGAGUGGAAUCGUUCAGUUUCCCUGAUCACUACUGCAGCCCGCUCCCGAUUGGAGAAGAGAGCGGGCUAGGCAAGGUGAGAGAAAAAAUCCUUGUGGAUUUGGUCAAACUCCACUACGCAUCGGCUCACCGAAGGGAGCACGCCACGUGUAUCGAAUCGACGGUGCAGGGAUCUGCAAUGUGGGCGCAAGCAGAAUGCGUCGACCCAACCUCUGAUCACUGCAUCGGAUGUCUCAUGACGGCUACAGGUUACUUGGAUCACAGUUGUAUGUACUUCAGCGGUGGACAUGUUAGCGAGGAAUCUAGGGUUUGUGCCAUGCGAUUUGGCGAUUAUGAUGUUUGCGCUCAGUAAUUGAUGGGAUUAUAAAUUAUAAGUAGCCAUUUGAUCGAUUUAUAGUUACACACACGUUAGGAAGGAAUAAUUUCAUGCCGAUUGUAUGAUUCUAGUUAGUUUGUGCAUUGUGAUAGUUUUCGACAUCUCUUAUAUUCGUACAAAUUAGAAUGAGAACUUAAAUAUUGCAAUAAAUAAAAAUUAAAAAAAAUAUAUACGAUUUGGGUUCCAAUCUUCUCUCCAUGAAACGCAAGUACGAAAGAAAAAAAAACAUUUAUAGGUAACGAAAAAUCUCAAAAUCCAUAUCCUUCUCCUCCUAGGCCGUCGGCAUCCUCUCCCAUUUCCUCUGUGAAAUAUGGAAACUUAUUCAACAAGCACAUAAUAAUGAAAUCUUCAACACUAACUAAAACCAAAUCAUUGUAAAAAAAAAAAAAAAAACUAAAACCAAAUCCAAAACCGAAUAGAAUAACUAACAUGAAUUCCAGAAGUUUUGAGGAAUUCAUUUUGAAAUGAAAUCUUUUUGUGUUUGGUAUUUAAAAGAAUUCAUUUGCAACUCCAAAUUUUGAAUUCUACGGAAUUGGAACUAGUUGUAGCAAUUCUGAGGAAUUGAGAUGGAAUUUGCAAAUGAAUUCCACAAGAAUUUAAUAAUUAUAAUAGAAUGACAUAAUUAUCCUCAUUUAUUAACGAAAUUACUUCUACGUAUAUUAUUUGGCGCCAAUUGAUGCAGUACGAGAAACGUCACCAAGAAUUUGAUUGCAACGCUAGUACAUAUGCUAGUUAUUUAUUAUUUUUUGAUUCGAUUGUAUCAGUACUUUGAGAAGACACAACUAGAUUGUAGGGUUCAUCCACGAAAUAUUAGAAAAGAACUAAUUAAUAGAAUAGAAACACACAAGAACACUUUUGAUAUUCUAUGUAUGGGACCAAAGACGUUUUUUAGAAUAUGAAUUUUUAAUGAAUAUUGUUUUUCAAAAAUUAAUAAGGGUGUAGUUGGAGAAAGUUUUAAUUUAAUUCAAUUCUAAACAUAUAUCAAACAUAGUUUGGGAAUUCAAUUCAUUUAUUUCUAAAGAUUGAAUAUGACUACCAAACACAGGAAUUCAUUUGAUAAUAAAUUCUACACAUGAAUUCAUUUUAAAAUGAAAUGAAUUAUCCAACCGUCUGUAAUAGUAACUAGUUCGAUGGUCCCCGAUAACGAUGAAUAUACAAAAACUAAUUGAUAAAAUAAAAAUGAUACGCAAUCCUAUAAAUUUUUAAAUUACCACGAUGAUUUGAUCUCGUAAGUUGAUUGUUAAGCAAUUGUUGGGGGAAAAGAAAAGACAAUCAAACACGCUACUGCUGAAUAAAUGGGAAACACAACAAUCCAUGGCACACACAAAAAACCUGUUUUGAAAAUACAAGAUUAUCCUUACCAUAUUUUAUUUUAUUUCAGAAAAUAUAAUUUUUCUUCAUUUAUAUCAUUUUAAAAGUAAAAUAAACUAUAAAAUCAUAUUAUUUAAUAUAAAAGAAAUCUAACAAGAUCCAUUUUUACUACUUUUUAUUGUUUAGAAUUUUUAUUCAUAUUUUAUAUUAUAAGUCCUUUAUAGUUAUUUUACACAACAGCUCGUAUUAAAAAGCACUUCUAAUAGUUUUACAGCCAAAUACUAAACUGGUUUUUUUGAAAAAUAUUUAUCUGAAAGCUCCAGCUAGAAGUUGUUUCUGCAAAAGUUACAGCAGGGCCAAACUAAACUAAUUGAUUGUUAAGCAAUUGUUGGGGAAAAGAAAAGACAAUCAAACACGCUACUGCUGAAUAAAUGGGAAACACAACA